AUGACCGACCGCCCCCAGGCGGGGGACGCGGCAGGACCCGUGCGGUUCCCGCCGGGUUUGGAGCGCCCUCCCAGCUCUCGGGAGUCCCCGCUGCAACUCUUACCCCCACCGCCCAGACCACCGCCCCCCUUGGAUCAGGGGCGGCUGCAGCCCUGGCCCGCGGAACUGCCGCCAGCGGACCCAACGCCGGCCGGGGCUCAACGCCUCUCACCUCACGGCGUGGCCCGUGCCCUGCGGAGCCCGGAGCAGCACAAGCCCGGCCUGAGCACAUCUCUCCAGGAAGUUUCCUGCGAUCGCAGCGGCCGGGCAAAACAAAAGCUUCAAAGCUGGGAGCAGGAUAAGGAGGAAGAGGAGGAGGAAGGGCAGCACAAGCAGAAAAGUGAGGGGCAUCGCUCGCCCGCUGCCCGCGGCUGCAGAGCCCCCGGAGGCAGCCCCGCUCAGCGCCGCCUCCCCAUUCGCUUCGGCGGCGGCUCUGCCUCUCAGGCAGCGCCAGGGAACCGCCGGUCCGAGGAGCAGGCAGACGAACCAGCGCUCUCCUCCUCCCUCGCCUGCUUGCCGGCAGCUGCCGCCCGUCCCGCUCGCCGCAACGCCGCCGAGCCCCGCCCACGCUCCCGCCCGCCCGCGCCGCGGCUCCGCCUCCCGGGGGCGCGCAGAGGCUGCGGCCGGGCGGCCCUCGGAGGCCGGCGCUCCCCCGGCCGAGCCGCCCCCGCACCCCCGGUGGGAGAGCGCCCGCCCCUCCAGCCCUGUGCUCCGCACCUGCGGACAGAGAAGCGGCGUGGGCUGGGAUGA